UUUAUAAAUUUGCAUGCCACUUAAAACUACACAUCAAAGUAAAAUUGAAUAAAUUACGAUUAUAAAUAAUUCUAGCUAUAAGCUGUGAUAUUUUGUGUUAAAUUGUGAUUGAUGUGGUAACUAUUGUAACUCUCAACUUAAACUAUUGCCCUUUAUAAACACACGUCCCUUGUAUCUAUCUUUCUCUAUCUAUCUCUCCUUCUCUUUUCUUCCUGUCUGUGCUCUCAUUUUCUUUGCAUCAGUAUUGUUCAACUUGAUAUAAAAAUUUACAAAAAAAAAAGCCCACUGGCCCAAUGCGCAUUUAAACCGUUAACGAACACAAAUUCUAAUUGGAAUACUCGGAACUAAUAACUGAUAAGAAGAAGCCAGGAUAUGGCGCCAUUUAAGCUCAAGUUUCGCAUGGGCAGCUCACGCAGCACGAACACAUCGCAAGAACACGAUCCGGAUCCGACCGUGAACGAGGCACUUUUAGGCGCACAGCAGCAGGAACAGGAACAACAACAGCAGCAGCAACAGCAACAGCAGCAACAGCAACAACAGCAGGCUGUCGGUGCAAGCAGUUCCACCAUUGAUUCAGUGGAUUGCAACAGUCUUGGUUCAAUGAGCGAACGGAAGCUGCUGUUGCCAUCGAAUUCAAGUAAAGCUGCCAAUAAUACCAACAGUAUGCGUAUGGGCUAUGUCAACCCGAGUCGCACACCGUGCAUCAGCGCAGCAACAACGGCAGCGGAUAGCAACAACGUGCCUACCACCCCGCCGCCUACCUAUGAGUAUGUCCUAGAGGAGAACACACGGCUCUCGCAGCACCAGCGGCAGCUGUCGUCGGACAACAGUGCCACGCCCAAUCAGAACAGUCGACGCAGCUCGGCGAAUAGCUCGAGGCAGAGCGCGGCUCAGUUGAGCGCCGCCCUGGAGCAGCUGACCCUAAAUGACAGCAGCAACAAUAGCAACUGCAACAGCGACAGCGACAGCAACGAAAUUUGCAACGAUCCAGAUUGCCAGCAGAACUACAACAACGUCGCCAAUUGUGGCAGCAACGGCCGCAACAACAACAACAAUAGCAACCAGCAUAACAACAAUAACAACAACAACAACGAGGACGGAGAAGUGGAUCAACUGGAGCAGCAGGCCCAUCCGUCGCGCAUCAUCGAGGGCGUCACCGAACUGGAGCUGGAGAACAGCGAAGAGUGCACGCUGAGCGUCAACGAGUUUCUAUUGGAAUCCGAAAUGGCAGCGGCGCGAGCCAACAAGGAUAAUCUCUAUGCCGCCUGCAGCGAUGGCCAGCAACAACAGCAGCAGCGUCAGCAGCAGCAGUCAUGCACAGAUGCCGAUUGCACAGAGUGCAGCGAACAGGCGGCUGCCUGUAGACACAUUGGCCUAGAAUCCGAGGAGGACGGCGAGGAGCCGAGCACCAGCACUGCAGCACGGCACAACUUCUAUGAUCCGCUGCUGAACCGCUAUGGCAACGAGCCUGAUUGCUCAAAUGGCGCCGUAUCGGGCAACAAUACACAAUCCUGCAACGAGGCCUGCUGCGCAUCGGGCUCGGGAUCCGGCUCUGUUGCCUCUAGAAGCCGUCGUGGACGACGUCAGCAGCAACAACAACAGCAACAACAGCAUGAGCAGAACUGCCUGCUUACGCCGGAGAUGAUGAGCAACAAGACCUCCAAGGAGAUCUACAAGGACCUGGCCAAGCAAUGGGGCAUCACAUGCAAAAUGUCGGAGAGCUGUCGCUGCAUGGACUGCCAGAGUCAUUAUUUCGAUUGCGACUACGAUGAUAACGAACAUCAGAAAACUGAUGGCGGCUUGGGCGCUGGCACGCCCAUGUUUAUUAGCGAGGUAAUGCAUGGAUCUGGCUGUCAGAUAUUGUAAAGAGUGCGUUUGAUUUGUUUUUUGUUUUUUUCUAUAUCAUAAGAAAAGAUUGCUGAACAACAAAAAUGUUAAAUGUAAAUGCAAAUUGUUUGUUUUCAAGAUGGCGCCAAAUGAGAGAUCAAUUAGGCAGAAUAUUUGAGAUGUUUGGCAUCAAAGCAACGCAAUUCGAUGUUUCUUUGCACAAAACGAAGUAGAAGAUUAAAAUGUUGCACUGCUUAGGCUGAAAUAUUCAAUUGAACAAUUAUUUAUAGCCACAAAUGUUGGGCUCUAAAGAUUAUAGAAAUAACUUAAGACGACAUCUAAAUUCAAAAGCAAGAAAAAUCAUAUAUUUUUUUCGAUGUAAAAGUAUUGAAGUACAUUCAAUUCGAAUCUUUUUACUAAAUGCAUUUGGUUUUUCUUUUUCCAAUUUUCUCGAAAAAAAAGAAGAACACUUUUGAAAACCCACCUUGCAAGACAACAUUUAUGAAUAUCCUUGAAUGUGUUCCAUUUUUCGAGUCAUUUAAAAAUAGAUAUAUGUAUAACUGAUUUGAAUUUGAACUCAAAAACUUUAACUUCAAAGCCCGAGCUUGUCAAGAGUUUUUCACAGCAAUUUUCAAAA